ACCUGUAACGCUCCAAUAUUUUAUUACAAGUAACGCUUGGACAGUGACAAACUCUCUCUCUACAUUUCUCUCUCUCUCUAUAUUUCCUGGUCUUCUAUCAUUUUCUCCUAACGUUUCAGUUUCUCUUCUCCGGCGAACUGAUGAUACUACGACCACAUGCGACUUCCAUCCGGCUCGUCGUGCUUUUUUCCGGAAUGUUAGCUUCAGAAAUUGUGCAUAAUGAGGAAUUGUAACAAGGUAGCCUUGAUGCCGAGCAUGCAUUGGAAAAAGAAGGGUGUUCUAUUUAUAAAACGAGUGAGGGAGGAGGAAGGGGAUGUGAGAUUUUCCUAUAUUUCAGAGCCAACAGGGACCACAGUUUCUUGACAUGUGGCCUUCUUAUGGACAAGUCCUUUUAAACCACCCUAGCAUCUUCUUGACAUUCUAAAACAGAGUUAUUUCCAUUUAGCUGUGCCCUUUUUUGGGAAUUUGGUGGAGAAGGCCAUUUGUACAUAAUAUGGUUAUCUCAAACUUUUUUCAGUCCACAUCUGGUCACUAGUUCAGUGUACAUUUGAUCUUCAUUCAGAUAUAGUUUGUCGUAUUCUAGGAGUAUUUGCUGAUUGGUGUUAUAAAUUUGUUAAUAAUCAUGCCUUCAUGGUGGGGAAAGUUUUCAUCCAAGGAAGUAAAGAAGAAAGAAAACAAGGAAAGUUUCAUUGAUACAUUACAAAGGAAAUUUAAGAAUGCAUCUGAGGAAAAGUGCAAUAGUAGGUCAGUAGGUUCUCGCAGACGUUCUAGUGACACCAUAUCGGAGAGGGGAUCUGGAUCUCAUGCGGAGACACAAUCACCGUUGCCCUCCACACAAGUAUCCCGCUGUCAGAGUUUUGCAGAAAGACCCCACGCGGAACCACUUCCUCUUCCCGGAGUGAACCUUACGAGAAUAGGACGUACUAAUUCUGGAACCAGUGUGUCAAUAAAACCAGGAUUCAACAGAGGCUCCAAGCCUUCAAUGUUUUUGCCCCUUCCUAGACAUGGGCAUGAUCUGAAUAGGCCAGAUCUUACAGAUGCUGAGGGAAAUUUAGCCAGUGCUUCUGUUUCUAGUGAUAAUUCCAUUGAUAUUGAUGACCCAUCUGAUUCACGACUCCUCAGUCCUCAGGCUUCCGACUACGAAAAUGGGAAUAAAACUGCUAUGAAUAGCCCUUCCAGCAUAAAGCGCAGUAAUCAGGCUCCUGUUGCCACCCAAAAGUACUCAAAGGAGACUCUAAAGCCAGUUAAUGUUCUGUUGAAUAACCAAACUCUCCCUGUAUCACCUAAGCAUGAACCUCUAAGCUCUCAUAAUUUACAGAUUACUCCUCAUGGUGCUUUCUUUAGUGCUCCAGAUAGUGCAUUGUCAAUUCCUUGUUUUAGUCCAAUGAGAGUAUUUGGUCCUGAACAUUUCAUGAACUCUGGUUGCGUGGCAGGGAAGCACUAUUCUGACAUAGCUUUACUCGGGUCUGGACACUGCUCUAGUCCAGGUUCAGGUCACAAUUCUGGGCAUAACUCAGUUGGGGGAGAGCUGUCAGGACAAUUGUUCUGGCAGCACAGCAGGUGUAGCCCUGAGUGUUCACCAAUACCUAGCCCCAGAAUGACCAGCCCAGGUCCCAGCUCCAGAAUACACAGUGGUGCUGUCACUCCUUUGCAUCCACGAGCUGUUGGGGCAGUCGCAGAGUUCUCCACAAACUGGCCUGAUGAUGGGAAGCAACAAAGCCACCGGUUGCCCCUUCCGCCCAUAUCAACUUCUAUUUCUUGUCCUUUCUCUCCUUCAUAUUCUCCGGCAACAACUCCUGCGGUUCCAAGAAGUCCUGGUAGGGCUGAAAAUCCAACAAGCCCUGGUUCGCAGUGGAAGAAGGGGAGACUGCUGGGUAGAGGCACAUUUGGACAUGUCUAUCUUGGUUUUAACAGUGAAAGCGGUGAGAUGUGUGCAAUGAAGGAGGUAACACUAUUUCUUGAUGAUUCAAAAUCGAAGGAAAGUGCACAACAGUUAGUGCAAGAAAUUGCACUAUUAAGUCGUUUACAACAUCCUAAUAUUGUGCAAUAUUUUGGUUCUGAGACUGUAGAUGACAAGCUAUAUAUAUACCUGGAGUAUGUAUCUGGUGGUUCCAUCUACAAAAUUCUUCAAGACUAUGGCCAGUUGGGUGAAAUAGCUAUUCGUAGUUAUACUAAACAAAUUUUGUCAGGGCUUGCAUAUUUGCAUGCUAAAAAUACACUCCAUAGGGACAUCAAAGGAGCAAAUAUACUUGUUGAUCCUAAUGGCCGUGUGAAAUUGGCAGAUUUCGGGAUGGCAAAGCAUAUUACUGGGCAGAAUUGUCCAUUAUCACUCAAGGGAAGCCCUUACUGGAUGGCACCAGAGGUAAUAAGGAAUUCGAAUGGUUGCAAUCUUGCUGUGGAUGUAUGGAGCCUUGGGUGCACAGUUUUGGAGAUGGCUACAACAAAACCACCUUGGAGCCAAUAUGAAGGGGUUGCUGCGUUGUUUAAGAUUGGAAAUAGCAAGGAACUCCCUGCAAUCCCGGCUCAUCUCUCAGAUGAUGGCAAGGACUUUGUGAGGCAGUGUUUGCAGCGCAAUCCAUUACACCGUCCUACAGCUGCUCAGCUAUUGGAGCAUCCUUUUGUUAAAGAUGCUGCACCAUUAGAAAGACCUGUUCUAAAUUCUGAACCUCCAGGAGCGGCAACUGCAUCUAUAAAUGCAGUGAGAUCUCCUGUAGUUGUGUCGGGUAUAUAUACACCUAAGAAUCAGAUUCAUCAGAUCCUCAAGUCCAAAGACAUGGACACACGGGACAUUGGACAUUCCAGAAAUCUCUUGUACUUGGACUCAGGAGUGCCUAUCCAUCAUUCUAGAGAUUCAAAAACUGGUUCAGGAUUCAGUGAUGCCCAUAUGCUGAAGAAUGUAUCUUGCCCAGUUUCUCCCAUUGGGAGCCCUCUCCUACAUUCUCAGUUACCACAACGUAUGAGUGGACAGAUGUCUCCCUCUCCUAUAUCCAGCCCACUUACCAGAUCUGGUGCAUCCACACCUCUCAGCGGUGGCACUGGUGCCAUUCUGUUUCAUCAGGUCAAGCAGCCGACUACCUACUUUCAUGAAGGUAUUGGAAAAAUACCAUCAUCUCCAAACAGUCCCUAUACCAAUGGUGCCUCCCCCUAUCAAGACAUUAAGCCUGACCUUUUUCGAGGGAUGCCACAACCCUCUCGUGCUUUCCAGGGAAUAGUUUCAUCUGAAAAUGGUUUUUAUGGAAACCGGUUUGGAUGCCCCGGUCAUGGAGACCCUAGGGAAUUAUAUGAUGAACAGUCAGUGUUGGCUGAUCGUGUGUCCCAGCAGCUCUUAAGGGAUCAUGUGAAGUUGCUGGACCUUAAUCCUAGCUCUCAUUUGCUCAGUCGUACCAUCGGAAUUUAACUUACAUGUAGGCCACCUGAUCGGAGCUGACUCUCAAGCAAAUUUUUUUUUUCUCUAUGGUUCGUAAAAAUGGAAAAGUCACCAAUUUGUAUGAUAGGAAUGCAAAGCUAAUCUAUUGGACAAAUAAGAUCUUUUGAAAGCUGAAAUGGAAGGAGAGGUUAUUCAAUUAUGGCCCCAAGUAUUCAUGAUCGUUUCCUAAGAAGCUUCUCCAGCAAUUCAGCAGUUCCUUACAGUGAAGAACCUUUUGGCCAGCGUAAAGAACCUCACAUUUUUCAGUUAUCAAACAUGAAAAAUAGAGGAGUUCUUGGAAAACUGUUGGCUUUUAGACUUAGUUUUAACCUUUUUGUUGCUUUUUUUUUUUUUUUUUUUUUUUUUUUUUUUAUUUAUUUCCCGGUGGGAGGGCAGAUGGGGAGAGGGAAGUAAGGUGAAGCCGUUGUACAGUAACUUAAAACAGUCCAAAUUUUGUUGACAAACAAGUUUAUGCAUAACCAGGCGUUGCCUGUUGAUUUAAUGCUGAAUUUGAACUUAUAUCUGCAUCAUAACUGUAUUAAAUUUAGACAUAUUAAUGGAGUGGAGAUUGUCACAUAA